AUGACAAGGGCAAGGCAGCGUGCGGGAAUCAAGACAGGCAACGCGAUAGGUCUGGGACGGGCCCACACAACUGCUGCAGGAUUGGCCUCAGAUAGCUGGGGGUCGCUUUACGCGCUCGCUCACCAGAUCCUCGAUUCGGCGGAAUGGUGGACCCCAGAUCGCAACUGGGAAUUGGCCCGUGCCAUCGAUGCGAGCGACAAUGAGAUCAUGAUGUGGACGGACGCGACUGUGGCGAGCCUGCUAAAAGAGGAUCCCGAAUGGCUGCAGUGGGUGUCGCCAAUGGUUGGCUCUCGGAGCCCGUCUAUGGAGCAUACGCUCAAACCAGCAUACGUUAUGUCUGAUUUAUCUCAGAGUGAAAGAAGCGAUGGUUUUGAUCAUUCCUCGGACGAAGACUUCACGGGCGAUACAACUGAACCGGAAUUAUCGGAUUACUAG